AUGGUUGGCUGUAUCCAGAACGGCCUGAGGGUAUUGACUUCAGAACUUCUCAGUGCUUCGGGAGUCAAAGCUACUAAGAAGAAAGCUGGGAAAGCUCCUCAACCACGUAAACGGUUCUCAAAUAGGCCCAUUGUUGAACUUGAGGUAGCAGCACAGGAGGAAAUGAAAAUAAUCGAACUUCGUCUUGCAAGGCUCUUUAAGUCUGAAGGUCGAGCAAUCACAGCAACUUCCCACUUACCUGUCAGUCAUCCAAGAAAACCCGAAGCUCGUAUAGGCAUAAUUGCAGCACAUCUUAAUGCUGAUGCUAAGGCCUCUACAGAUAAAGCUCCUGAAAUUUCAGUCAGCACCAGCCGAACUCGCCCUCCCAUCACAACCCAUGUCUUGGAUGUUGCUCGUGGGUAUCCAGCACCAGGCCUCGAGGUUCACCUUGAGAUGUGGAAGGAAACACACAGAGCUCCUUCAUUCACAGAGCGAGAUUCCACUGGAUGGGUGCUUCUAGGAUCUUCAGUCACAAACACUGAUGGUCGGAGUGGUAAUUUAUUGGAUAUUACAGAUUUCGUCACACCAGGGUUUUACCGUAUUAGUUUUAAUACGGGUAUGUACAAUACCUCAGGAUUCUUCCCUUAUGUUAGUGUUGUGUUUGAGGUCAAGGAGUCGCAGAAAUCAGAGCAUUUCCAUGUGCCUCUGCUUCUUUCGCCCUUCUCGUUUUCUACAUAUCGCGGGAGCUAGGUUAAGAGUCUGGUGUAUUUGGUUUAAGCUUGGAACGAAUAAAAGUUUGGUCCAGUGUGGGAGUUACUGGUAAAAGAUCAUGUAACGAUAGAACCUGUGAUGUAUCUGCAACAUAAUGGAAAUAUUAACCUCAGCAGAGUCUUGCUGCUGGUGGUUUAUGUUGUGUUUGCUUUUUGAA